AUGGUUCCUAUGAUAGAAGGUCUUGUGAUGUCAUUUGGUUGCAAUGAUUGUAAUCGGGUGUACAAAUGGGUUGAGGAGUUAGGGGGAUUUGAUGCAACUGACGGUAUAUGGGUUACAAAGAGACAUACAACUGUGAGAUCAAAAACUUAUUCAGGUUCUCGGGACUACAGCACUGGGCUGAAAACAAAUUUGGUUGAUGAUAUUACCGAAAUGAAAAGGGAUAUGCUUGUCAUGCAAGAUGGGGUGGGGAGGUUGGAAUCAAUUGUCCGACAGAUGGGUCCAGAUGUUUUUUACAUGAGGAACGCUCUGAUGGAACUAGAAGGUUCAGUUUGGAAGAAGUUUGAUGAAGGUAUGAAUGAUUUUGUUGGUGAGGUGGGGGCAGAUGUGCGUGCUUACUUGGACGUCUAUGUCGCUCCAAAUUCGGCAAUCCGGGUGAAUGCAAGAACUAAUGAUGAAUGUGAUUAUCGUAUCGGGGAAGGCGACAUAAAAGAACAGCCUCAGACCACCGCAGGAUUGGCACAUCCACCGGACAAACCAACAGCCACCAAGAUGGCAGGGGUGCAUAGGAUGAAGUUUGGUAACGUUGCUGACUUAUCCCCAGAAGAUAAGGACUUGAUGGCAUACUUAGCCAGCCACAAGUGCAAUGGAGGUGACAUGCUAAGAAGGUAG